GGGAAAGAUCCCAUCACAACCAACUGUGGACCAUGCAUUUCUCCUGCCAGUGAGGACAGUUUUUAUUUUUGCCACAGAAGCAAAUUAGCAAGUGCAUUUUGUGUGGAAUCAGUUAACAGAUUUAGACAAAUGGGGGAAUUUCUCUGGAGCACUCUUGAUUCAGAAAAACAAAUACCAACCAAGGACAAAGGGCUCCAGAUGGAGGCAACAGAAGAAAAGACUUAAAAGCCCCUAUUUCCAUACAGGAAUGAACAAGAAGAUGCAGUGUCAAGCGAGUACUGGAGAAGCAUCUGCAUAUCUGCUUUGCUGCAGCCUUGGUAUUUCUAAAAGUAAAGAUUGUGUCAGAAGAAAAGGUGUCUUCCGAUAUAUCUCUGCACGUCUGGCAUUGGACUGAAUGGAUCAGGAUUCUAACUUCCACAAAACCAGUUCAAAAUUGGCUGAAUGCAGAAACUAGACUAUAUUCAGCAUCAACAGCUUUCGUCAAUUAUCCUAAUGCGUCAGUGUCCAAAGUAUUGUCAAUAAGCCUUGGUUUUGUUUCCGACUUCUACACAGUUUUUCUCCAAGUACCAGGCGAAAGUGACGAAUUUUGCAAAGUGACAUAAAAUGCACUUAUCCAGCACAAACCCGAAGUUUCCUGAUGUUAAUGGGAAUUACCAUAAUGUCCAUGAAACAUGUGAACAGUUCAGUCAGCCAAAGAUGUGUAAACAGAGCAGAUGAGAAGAGGAGUUUUAAAAAACGUGACAAAAAUAAGGAGCUCUGUAAAAUAAAGUUUGCAUGUGGAAAGCUCAGCUCUUUAGACUUACUUUAUUCAACAGAGGGUCUUCUCACCCAGCGACUUCUGACUGCUCAUUUUAGGAAAAUUACUGAACAUGUCAGUAUUUUUCCUUUCCACCUAAAAAAAUAAUAAUUAAACACCCUUGGAACUGUAAGAAAAGUGAAAAAUAUUCCAAGACAGACAUCGAGAGACAAGAUUUAUGGAAAUCUCCCUCUUGAAAAUAAGUUAUUUUCUCAAAGGUGAAAACUACAGAAGUAUGUAAAUUAAAGGAAAAAUCUUUUUGUCAGAUCCAGUUGAAAUCUCCAUACUGGGAACAGAGAGUCCACUGUUGCUAAGGUCCUUCCGUCAUCCCUCCAAGACCUCCACAGUAAGGAAAGGCACCACUGGGCAAUCCUCUAAGAUGUUUAUUUGGACCAGUGGCCGGACCUCCACAUCUUACAGACAUGACGAGAAAAGAAAUAUUUACCAAAAAAUCAGGGAUCACGAUCUACUGGACAAAAGGAAAACAGUCACAGCUCUGAAAGCAGGAGAAGAUCGGGCCAUACUCCUAGGACUGACUAUGAUGGUGUGCUCCAUUAUGAUGUACUUCCUCCUGGGAAUUACGCUGCUGCGGUCAUACAUGCAGAGUGUUUGGACAGAAGAGGCUCAGUGCACGCUCCUCAAUGCAUCCAUCACAGAAUCAUUUAACUGCUCAUUUAGCUGUGGUCCAGACUGCUGGAAAAUCUCUCAGUACCCCUGCCUACAGGUGUACGUUAACUUAACUUCUUCUGGGCAAAAGCUCCUACUUUACCACACUGAAGAGACGAUGAAAAUUAAUUCUGAGUGUUCCUACAUCCCCAAGUGUGGCAAGAACUACGAAGAGUCCCUGUCACUUGUCAGUGUUGUAAUGGAAAAUUUCAGGAAGUACCAGCGCUUCUUGUGCUUUUACGACCCAGAAGGCAUUCAGAAGAAUGUGAUAUUAACCAAACUUUACAGUUCCAACGUGCUGUUCCACUCGCUUUUCUGGCCAACAUGCAUGAUGGUUGGUGGGGUUGCCAUCGUUGCCAUGGUAAAGCUGACUCAGUACCUCUCCCUCCUCUGUGAGAGAAUCCAAAGGAUCAACAGAUAAAAGCAAAAACUUCUCUGAGAUGUAUUUCAGCUAAAAUACUGUUUUUUCAUUCUUCACCAAAGAACCUUAAGUUUGUAACGUGCAAGUCUGUUAUAAGUUCCUUACUAUAUUCUUAUAAGUAGAGCAAUAAUGCAAAAGCUGUUCUAUAUGCAAACAUGAUGUUAUUAUUAUGCAGACAACAGGAAAGAAAUACUGUUUGUGUUGGUUGUCUAUCUGAUCUCAUUUUAUGCUGGAACUAGUACUUCUUUCUUUUCUACAGCCAAAAUAGGGCUCGGUGUGACCAUUUGCCAAGCUUUGUCAAUGAAUACAUCAACAUUUCAGUGUAACAUUCUGCGGGAAAUUCACCCCGUGCAGAGGUCUAGCAAAAGGCCUGGGCAUCAUUUAUGUCCCAUUUAAUCCUCAGGGCAUGCAACGAAUGGCUCUGGAGGGAAUGAGGGGAAGAAAAGUAUAGAACCUAUGUCUUUUUAUGGUAAGAGGGAAUAGACUGGAUGCAUACACUAUUGACAGCUUAAGUGGGACUUGCAUGUUGCUUGUGCUGGCUCUCCCUGCAAAGGGGAAAAUUUCACCCUCUGGUGUUUUAGGUCUUUUGUUAAACACCUUGGAGAUGGAUAUUUGCAAUAUGUUUUCCUCACAUCACAUCAUCUACAGAAGCUACAGCCAAAAACAAAGAAAAUUCAACCAAUUUCAGUUUCUACUCCAAGCUGAGCACUGAGCCCUAUUGCUGGAGAUGGGACCAGACACCUUAUGUAAAGGUUUAUUACGCAUUUGUCUUGUAUUUGCUACCAUAUCACUGUAAAGAAAAAGAAAAACACAAUCAGCUAUUUUUUCAUUUUUUACUUCCAACUAUUUUAACUUUUUUUACUUGAUUAUAUAGAUAUAUAAAAAGAAAAGGCUACAUAAUAUCUAAUUGUGUAUUGUAACUUGAUUAUGUUAUUUUUUUUUCCUUUUGACUAACUGGAAAGUGAGCAGUAUAACUCCUGUAUUUAUUACAUUCAAAGCCUGGAAAAGACCAUAACAUCAGCAGCAACGUGAGAUCUUAUCCAGUAUUCACACUGACAUUUCAAUCAGAUGGAGGUCUCUCUUACUGUGACAUUUGUAUUGAAAAAAAUCUCCUCCACUUCAUUAGAUCUAUUAAUUGAAUUGUUAUACAAUAAUCAUAAUAUUUCUGGAAAUUAUGAUCGUUAUGCUGUGCUGGCUGAAGUGACUUUCGUUCCAAAAUGUCCAGGUGUAAUAUGAGGUAUUGGAAAAUUUGAGAUGCAAACUAAUAUGUAAUCCUAGCUGUCAUGUAUGUUCCAUGGGGGUUUUACCGAUGUAAUUCCAUGCACACUGUGUGCACAUCUUUGGCACAAUUUAUUUUUAUUUCCCUAGUCACAACUUUCCAUGUUGUUAUACUCUACAGACAAUCUCAACGUUUUUUACCUUGCACCUAAACUGAAGGACAAAUUUGAGGCAGUCUCUCUGAUUACCCCAUGAACUCACUAUAGAAUAUUUAUAGGAAAUUAUUUACAGGUACAUUCAAAAGAAGGAGAUUCCACUUUUUUUCCCUUUUUUUGCCAAAAAGAUAGCAGAAGGAGAAAAUCCAGUCUUCUGUCUAGCUCAUCCAUAUAUCAGUACCUUCUUCCAUGAUGUAGUAUUGAAAACUUUAAGGUGUUACAAGAUUUUACAAAUUGUACAAGUGUAGUCGGAGCUGUAAAAAUAAGUUCACAGCAGUGGAUUUAACCUGCAAUCUUGUAAUCCAUGGUAUGAUUUUUCUUAGGCAAAUAAAUUCCUGGGGGUGGGGGGUGUAAUCAGGGCUCCAAAAAUAUGUAAUAAAAAUAUUAAAUUAAA